AUGGGGAUGAGGUGCGAUCCGAAGGGAGAAGGAUCUGGAAGGUGGGGAGGUAUUGUGGAGAUGGGCAUGGCCACAGGGGAAGCGGUUCCAGAGAGGGCGAAGGGGAGAUUGGAAUUUGUGAGGAAGGGGGAAGGAAAUUUUUGGGUAGUGUUUAUGGUGGCGACGCAGGAGAUUCGUAGUGACGGUGACCGCGGCGGCGGCCAUGGAUGGUAG